AUGAAAACCACACUAUUCUGCCGAGAAUACCAGUUGCAUAGGGAACAGGGAGAUUAUGUUGCUUCCACGUGUCAGCCCCCACUCGGGCAGGGCGGUGACAUUGCCCUUGUCACUUCACCUCAAGUUGUUCUCAGCAAGCCGAAAUUGAAGCUGAUCGUGAUAGCUUCUAUUGCAUCACUUCUCUCUGGCUUGCUAUUCGUCUACUCUUGUCUUUUUCCGAGGAGCAAAGGGAAGCCAUUGGGGCAGGUCCGACGACGCUUAUCUAGCAGAGACGCUGACGAAGUGAAUUGGUACUCCUCCAGCACGUCUACGGCAGAAUGCGGGGAGAUUCUAGCCACAGCAAUAUCAAUUCAAGGCGAAGAAGAUUUCGACCUUGCAUCUUUCGAGGAUUUCAUGGGAGACAUGGCCGGUGCGAAAAGACAGAAUCAAGACAAGGCAAAGCCCUACACGAGCACCGCAGUUAAGCCGCGCACAGAGCAAGCGGAGCAGUUCCAAUCGGACGAGCUGUUAGUAGAUGACGCUCCAUGGCUGGCGGACCAGCGUGAGCUUCCCUCACAUCAUCUGUUGGAACUAUUGACUCCUCGGCAACGCGACCCUGCUAUCCAUUACUUGAAAGGCUCGCAUGCCAGUUUCCACCUACCUGCAGGCUAUGCAGCGUCAGAAAUAAGGGGAAAAUCCGAUCCUUCAUUGAUGGACUGUGACUUCUUUGAAGCUGGUUCCUGGCUAGAUUCCUUUCUGGAUGUAGAUCAACCGGAAGUCGACGACUGGUUUCUCGGUCUUGUGCUUGAAGAGCGGACGCCACUUUUGCCUAUCGAAGCUGUGGAACAACAGGGUGAUCUAGUGUCGUCUGUACGAGGAUUGCGUGGAGCUCCAGAGGAGCGGCCGACUGUAGGUAGAUCAGAUGAUUCGGAUUCAAACGAAUCCGCUGGUGAAGGCACUACUGGACUCACCCAGCAACUUAAAAGGGUUACACAAAAAAAUGGCUGGUCUGAAGGAGCGUGUGUAAGAGAAAAUGGCUCCCCAGCAUUACUGGAGGAGUAUGAACCUCUUCCCUUACCCGCGAACAACAAGAGCCUGAAGACCCACAUCAUGGCUUCGAAUGGCUUGCUUCUUACUUCAGAAGCAUGCUCAAGCCAUGGGGAGCUGAAAUUUAAUACGGAAAAUAGAACACCACCGGAUGAGCCCGAGCAAGCCAAGGCUGUUUUAUGCGCAGAAGUGCGCAAGGGAAACGAAGCAGAAAUGGCAAGUUUGUUGGUUGAUUUCGCUCCAGCCUGGCCAGCAGCGGCUUUGCCAGCGGGUAACUUGAAACAAAAAAAUGACGUCGCAAAACAUCUCGACAGGACAACUGAAGCGAAGCAGUGGAACGUGACUCCUACGCGCACAGAAAAGAAUUUGGCAUCGAACAUGAUUGUGACUGAAACUGUUCAGACGGAGUUUGUGCCCCAGUCCAGUGAAGCUGCUGGAGAACAUAAUCGGCUUUCUGUUGAAAAGCAUGAAACUGAAGAGUCUUCGCAAGGUGUUUCGCUGGCUCCGCCUGCACAGCACAAUCCAGACUCCGAAAUGCACGCGGUGGGGCACCCCUUUCAGGAAAGUGUCUGCUACUCACUAUUUCGUGACCCCUAG